AUCGCAGAGAUGACGUUACGAUCCUGCGACGUGUCGCUUCAUAGAAAUCGGAUGGUGUUAAAUUAACCUAGCAAUUGUUAAAUUCUUACAUUAUGCCGCGAAGGAUCUCUCUGAUAUCUGCCACCUGUCAAUGUUUCACUGAAUAAUAUUCUGCAACAAAUGUUAAUAAUUAUAUAAUUUCCUAAGAAAAUUAUGGAUAUCGAAACAGAAAAUGUAAUAAAUCUGGUAUUUCCAGAAGGUAUUCCAGAAUCCUGGAAAGAGAAUCCUGAAUUUUAUCAAUAUUUGUCAAAAUUGGGUGGCUUUGAUGUAGAUCAACUGAGUAAAGAGCCCGAUCACUUGUCCGAUGAGAAAAGUACAGUGCUUCAGACUACGCAGGAGUUGGUGUUUGCAAAUUACAAAACUUUUAUUCAGACAGCAGAAAGCUCAAGAGAAAUACUCAAUCAUUUUAAUGAAACUGAAAGCCGUCUUGACAAGCUUGUGCAAAAGAUCCCCGAAUUUGUGGAGAAGUGCCAGUCGUUCUGCGACACUUCAAAGGACAUCAAUGCGCAUCGAAGAUUAAAUAGUUUAACGCUCACGCGAAAUGCCGAACUGCUCGAAAUACUUGAGAUGCCCCAAUUGAUGGAAUCAUGUUUGAGAAGCAACCAGUAUAACGAAGCAUUGGAAUUGUCUCAAUACGCCCGUCAAUUAGGAAUGAAGCAUGGAGACAUUCCUAUUAUUUCGUCUAUAGUAGCGGAAAUUGAAAGCAGCUGGUCGGGAAUGGUAGGACAAGUAGUCGGAUCUUUAAGGGGAGAUUUGCCGCUUCCAAGAUGUCUACAGCUUGUAGGUUUGCUACGUUCGAUGGACGCAUUUACGGAAUCGGAACUUCGUAUAAAGUUCCUUCAAGCGAGAGACAGCUGGUUGCAAAGCUUGCUGAAUGCAAUACCGAAAGAAGAUCCUAAUCUUCAUAUUAGCAAAACGGUAGAAUUAUCCAGGAUACAUUUGUUCAAUAUAAUAACUCAGUACAAAGCUAUGUUCAACGACGACGAAUUGAUAAUCCCUGGUCGUGAUUUGACGCUGAAUGAAUCGGCAAUAUUUUACCAUUGGUUGGAGGAAAAGAUAUCGCAAUUUCUCGCCACGUUAGAGCAAGAUUUACCGGGUGUAACGUCUGUAGACUCCAUCUUAGGCCAGUGUUCGUACUUCGGAUUGUCAUUUGGUCGAGUGGGUGUCGAUUUCACUGGUCGAAUGUCAGAUAUAUUUGUACGAGUUAUCGGUGAAAAGCUCGAACAGAACGUUCGUAGAACAACCAGAAAGUUCGAGAAGGAUAUGGAAACGUUUACGUUGAUUAACAAAACGCAACGACUUGAUAUAAAAAGGGAGACUGCUAUCAAUUCUGAAAAUCCACCUGAACAACUGGUGGAAUUUUACCCUCUGGCCGAAUACUGCAACGGAAUAAUAGGAGCAUUCAACGAGUUGAGGCUCUGUGCGCCAGUGGCACUCUCCACUCUAUGCACAAAACUACUGCAAGAAUCGUUGCAUAACGUGGCGAGAGCUAUGCUGAUAUUCUACAAACAAGAACAGCAAGCUUUCGCAGCCGCGGAGCGGGAAAAUAUGGUGAAGUUCACGGAAUGCUUGAGCGAGCAAUUGAUUCCCUAUAUUCAAUACUGCAUACACGCGAUCUUUCCACCCGCCCAAAUUGCGAUGCAUUUAGGAAUAUCAGUCAGCGUACUCCAAAAAGAGGAACUCACAUACUUGAAUAAGCAGAGCAUACUGGAACCAGUGGCUGUACUAUUGCCAAUUAAGAAAGAUUCGUUAGUUUCCAAAUUAUGUGCGCCUAACGUACAGCCAUUGUCGUCUCUUCCAACAGAAACUGUGGAUUCUACCUCAAAAACUACUAUACUCGAAACAGAAAGGCCGAAAGAGAAGGAAGUUGCUCAGCAAGGAGCGAUACCGAAGCGUAAUGUCCAAAAUUCUCAGAAUUUCGUCGAUAAUGUAAAUCAAAAUAUCCAAUUGUAAAGUUAGACGUAUAUUGCUUAUUACUUUGUACCAAGGUAGUGUAAAUAAAAAUUUUUACAAUCA